AUGACUCGAGGCUGCUUUGCUCUGAGGGUCACUAUCGAGGAUGCAUUAUAUCCAUUGCCAUCGUUUGAUUCGAAUUCCUCCGAACCCGAAGGAGAGGGUUCUGAGUCUGAGCAGGAGGGCACUUCCCCUGUCAGCAAGAGGGCUUGUCCUUUAUCCUCCUCGGCAGCAGCAGCAACAGCAACAGUACAAUAUUCGGUGUACGGUCCGAUGUUGGGGAUCCUCGGGUAUGCGGCUGCUAGGGGCGAGGGGGGUCAGGAGGAAGAGAUUCUGUGGCGCGUGACGGUUGACGUGAAGGUCCACACGGAGUAA